AUGGCCGUGCACGACGGGUUCAAGGUGCUCAAGCUACCCUACGAGAGCAGUACAGCGUACACCCAACGCCACUGCAUGUGCAUCUUCCUCCCGGACGCGCGCGACGGCCUAGCGGGCCUGCUGGACAAGAUCACGUCGUCGUCCCCGGCAGGUUUCCUGUGCGAGCACCUGCCGACGCGCAGGGUCAAGGUCGACCAGGUGCUGGUGCCCAGGUUCGAGCUCUCGUUUAGUAGCAGCGUCACCGCCGUCCUUAAGGACCUUGGGCUCCGGCUGCCUUUCAGUCAUCGGGCCGACCUCUCCGAGAUGCUGGACGACGGCUUUGAGUUCCGAGUGCAAGACGUCUUCCAGAAGGCUGUCAUCGAGGUCAACGAGGACGGAACCAAAGCCGCCGCUUUGAUCUUCUAUGACGUCACCGCGAAAUCCUCUCAAUACCCGCCGGAGGAAGUGCUUUUCGUCGCCGACCACCCGUUCGCCUACUUCAUAGUCGAGGAGGAGUCGCAUGUGCAGAUGAGCCUGGGCACCAAAACGCCCUACUCAGAGUUAGCAAGGUUCUUACAUUGCUAG